AUUUCUCUUUAGCUUUGCUCAGUUGGCCUGGGAAUGCUGCCCCUGGAGAGCAUUGGACAGAACAGGGACAGUCCUGUUGCGUGAGGGGCAUGGGUCUGUGCUAAUCAGGCCAGCUCCUUCCAUGACCUGCUCAGAGCCCCGCGCCAGCCCCUCUGUCCUCUGUUCCUGGACAGUUGUUCCGUAUCCUCCUUCCCAGUGCUCCAGGUGUGAUGGUUCCUUCCACCCAGGGAAGGGCAUUCCAAACAUACUUUCUUUUGCUGUACCUUACUGCCCUGCUUGCUCCUGCCCUCACUCCUGCAACGGUUUCUUUGGCAGCUCAGGCGUAGCAUUUAAGUCUGGUCCUAUAAAGGCCUUCUUUCUGUUACUCUAGGGUCUUGGGCAGUUUGCGUUGGCUCUAACUCUUACUACAGAAUUGCAGAAAUUCCUCUCUUUACUGAGGGCACCUGUUUGUUUUGUGAAAUACUGCCUGCUUUGUUUAUCCACUGCAGUAACUUUUGGAGUUACCCAGAUUUCAUCUCUUUGACAUGGACUCCCAUACGGGGUGACCUUGUGUCCUAGUUUGCCAGGGACAGUUCUGGCUUAUACCAUUGUGCCGGCAUAAUCACUUUCAAAACGUUCAUGGUUUGUAUGAUCAAGCUUGUCUCUGUCUCUAAGUUAGACACACUUAUAUUUGUAGUUAAGAGAGUUGCACGUGGCAGCCCACUUGAGACUUGCACUUGGGCCCACAGAUGUUAGAGCCACAGACUAGGAAAUGAGAAUUCCUCCAGGUCAGUGUUCAUACGCCUCAUGUAGGUAGAGAGCUUUGGGUGGCUUUGCCCUUAGAGGGCAGGGGAUCCCUUCCCACCAUGGCACAGAAAGUCCAAGCUAAUACUGAGAGCUAUGUCUAGUCAAAUUCAUCGCCAGAGUUACUGUGGGGCUUCGAAGCCAGUGCCCCUAAAUGCACUGUCAUGAUCCAGAGGAAGGUGUUCAGAGUUCAAGCCCAGCUCCUUGACAUGGCAUCUGGUUCCUGGGAAUGUAACUGAUGUGGAAGUGUGACCAGAGUUAGGCCUAAGGUGUCCUGGGCUUCCCCAGGAACCAGAGAACUCAGUCCAUGCAGGGCCAGUUAGUUUUAAAGACUGCAUAUCAGCACUUGUAACUGUCCUAGGAUUAGGCUAAGAGGUAGAACACUGGUUAUCCACUAGGAUGGCCAACCAUCUUAGUUUGCCGGGGAUUGAGGGGUUUCCUAGGACAUGGGACUUGCAGUUUUAAGACCAGAAAACUCCUGGGCGAACUGGGAUGAGUUGGUCACCCUCUUCUCAACCCUGGCUGCACAUUAGACUCUCUUGAGGAGCCUCUCAUUUAGAGUCUAAUUUAAUUGAUUCAGGUAGUUGUAUUUUUUUUAAUGCUCUGAAGUUGAUUCCAGCAAGCUACCAGAGUUGAGAACUACUAGGCUGUAGACAGUGUUUCCAAUAACCAUUGAAAAUGUUUGUUUUUUGAGCAGAGGUGGACCCAGACAUCCCUGAAAGGGGUGUAUGACUCUGUGUGUUGGUCUUUCACCUUAGCAAGAGGGAUAUCAAGCUGGCAGUCGCCUAUUAUUGCUAUUAUCUGUCCCCACCCCCAGGCUUUCUUUGUCACUGGUGAGGACCAAGCUUUCUCUUUUCCCGGCCUGCUCUGAUACCCUCUCCCUCAAGACAGGAGGUCAGUGGAAUUGCCUCAUUUUGAUUGGUGGAAUCAUGAUUUACACAGUUGCAAAUGAAGCUGGCAUGAGACUUGAGACAGGACUGCCAUCUGUAGGUCUGGGACAUAUGCCCCAGAGAGUGGUGGUCCAGAGGCUAACUGUGAGACUGUGUGUGCUUUGGCUUUGCCCCAUGGGGUGUGGGAGCUUGGAGACCAGGUGCCUCUGGGACUGUCCUCUCUGCAGGCCUCCAGGAUCAUGUGAGCUCCCACAGUUGAACAGAGAGAUCCUGUGCCAGUGGAGCACGCUCUCCUAUCCUGGCCUGGUGAAGGAGCUGUGCGCCCUCUUCAUUGGCUCUGAGCUCAUUCCAAAAGAUGACUUAAAUGAUCUGAUCGACCGAGCCUUCAGCAGAUUCCGUCACAGAGAGGUGGUCCAUCUGUCCAGGCUGAGGAAUGGGCUGAACGUGUUGGAGCUGUGGCAUGGCGUCACAUAUGCAUUUAAGGACCUGUCCCUGUCCUGCACAGCACAGUUCCUGCAGUACUUCCUGGAGAAGAGGGAGAAGCACGUCACUGUGGUUGUAGGAACAUCUGGUGACACAGGAAGUGCUGCCAUUGAGAGUGUUCAAGGGGCAAAGAACAUGGACAUUAUCGUUCUGCUGCCCAAAGGUCACUGCACAAAGAUUCAAGAGCUCCAGAUGACAACGGUGCUGAAGGAGAACGUACAUGUGUUUGGAGUGGAGGGAAACAGCGAUGAGCUCGAUGAGCCGAUCAAGACUGUGUUUGCUGAUGUGGCUUUUGUCAAGAAGCACAAUCUGAUGAGCCUGAAUUCGAUCAACUGGUCCCGGGUCCUGGUGCAGAUGGCCCAUCACUUCUUUGCUUACUUCCAGUGUACGCCAUCCUUGGACAUGCAUCCCCUACCCCUGGUGGAGGUGGUUGUGCCAACAGGGGCUGCUGGUAACCUUGUAGCUGGGUGCAUUGCUCAGAAGAUAGGCCUGCCCAUCCGUCUGGUCGUGGCAGUGAACCGCAAUGACAUCAUCCACAGGACUGUCCAGCAGGGAGACUUCUCUCUCUCUGAGGCUGUUAAAUCAACCUUGGCAUCAGCUAUGGACAUUCAGGUGCCCUACAACAUGGAGAGGGUAUUCUGGCUGCUCUCUGGCUCUGACAGCCAGGUGACAAGAGCCCUUAUGGAGCAGUUUGAAAGGACCCAAAGUGUGAAUCUGCCCAAGGAACUGCACAGCAAGGAGAAAUUUUAUUCCUUUGGAAUGCUUUCAGAGGCAGUGACAUCUGAGUCAGUGUCAGAUGAAGCCAUCACCCAGACCAUGGGCCGCUGCUGGGAUGAGAACCAGUACUUGCUGUGCCCCCACUCGGCGGUGGCCGUGAACUACCAUUACCAGCAGAUGGACAGGCAGCAGCGCAGCAGCACUCCCCGGUGCUGCCUUGCCCCUGCCUCUGCAGCCAAGUUCCCGGAAGCUGUCCUGGCUGCUGGCCUGACCCCUGAGACUCCUGCGGAGAUCGUAGCCCUGGAGCACAAGGAGACACGCUGCACCCCGAUGCGGAGAGGUGACAACUGGACGCUGAUGCUUCGGGACACCAUUGAGGACCUUAGCCGACGGUGGAGGAGUCAUACCCUCAACACCUCCCAGUAGCCUGGCUGGAGGUGGCUUUCUUUAGGCUUCAGAUCCCAGGGAGGUGCACCCUCCCCAUUAAGCGUAGGUUAGGAGGUUCCUGGGAGGCUGCUCAGCUGGGUCUGGAGCCAGCUGGCUUUGCUCCAUUCCCUGGUUAUUCUGUGCGUGGUCACCAAGGAGGCUGAGUGAGGGGCUGUCAACAGUUGCCAGAAGCACCCCCUCCCUCCCUGGCCUGUGCAGCAGUGUCUGAGCUGUAGUGAAAGUUUCAGGGCCUGCAAAAAAAGAGGCUUGGGCACAGGAUUGACCAUGGCUACAGGGGUUUAGGACCCCAGACCUGUGAAGGUGGGAGCAGCUCACCACCUUCACGCAGGCUUUAUAUGUUCUCUGAGCUUUAGUUGAUUUGGCCCCCAAACCAAAUCCAAAGGUUCUGGCCUACCUUGUCAGAGAUUUCCACCCUGCUCACAUGUUGGGAAUCCCUGGAAUAAAAUGUUUGUUCAGUGUGA